GGAGAACUGACCAUGACAAGUGAGAUGGAGAACUUGCAGAAUGCCCUCUUCUUGGACAUGGUGCCGCAGUCCUGGAUAAAGAGGGCUUACCCUUCCACCGCCAGCCUGGGCACGUGGUUUGCUGACCUCCUCACUCGCAUCAAGGAGCUGGAGGCCUGGACAGGAGACUUUUCCUUGCCUUCCUCGGUGUGGCUUGCUGGGUUCUUCAAUCCCCAGUCUUUCCUGACAGCCAUCAUGCAGUCCACAGCCCGAAAGAAUGGGUGGCCUUUGGACAAGAUGACCUUGCAGUGCGACGUGACCAAAAAGAACAGAGAAGAUUUUGCCAGUCCUCCUCGGGAAGGGGCGUACGUCCACGGUCUGUUCAUGGAGGGUGCGCGCUGGGAUGCACAGGCUGGGAUAAUCACAGAUGCCAGGCUCAAGGUGCUAACGCCGGCCAUGCCUGUCAUUUUCAUCAAAAAAAAAACAAGCAAGAUAUCUGUGGUAUGUACCCGUGUCCCGUAUACAAAACACGGCAAAGAGGGCCAACUUACGUGUGGACUUUUAACCUUAAAACGAAAGAAAAUCCUUCCAAGUGGGUGCUUGCUGGUGUGGCGUUGCUGCUCCAGGUCUAGGCUCCCCAGCAGAGCACCUCGUUCGCAAAUCCCUGGCAAUGUCUUCAUCAGAGAACUGAAAAAAUAG